AGUAGUGUCAGAAAAUGUAAACAAAAACACAGGUACUCUAAUUAAAGCAAAGCACAUUAUUUUUGAUUUUCUGCUUUUAGUUGUUUGCAUGGGCGAAUAUUAAAAUAUUCAUGGUGAAAUGAGCACCCGUAACCGCGGCAAAGGAAGACGUGGAGGAGGAGCACACGGACAAUAUCGCAACGUAAAAACGAAUCGCAACUGCGAACGUCAAUUAGCGCAACGUGCCUGCGAUCUGGCUAGUAAUGAUAGUGAUAGUAGUUCCUCAUCCUCGGAUGCUGGUAUCGAUGGUAUAGGACAUCCACCAGACUUUCCUAUCGCUAUGUGGGAUCUGAAUCAUUGCGAUCCAAAGAAAUGCUCUGGACGAAAAUUGGCACGCCUAGGUCUUAUUGAAAACUUGCGUUUGGGUCAAAAAUUCCCAGGUCUUGUUCUUACGCCGGUUGGUGUAAAUUGUGUCAGCCCACUUGACAAAGAUAUAGUUGGAGCGGCAGGAGUAGCAGUGGUUGAUUGUUCAUGGGCUAAACUGGAAGAGACGCCCUUCAAUCGCAUGCGUAGCCCACAUCCACGCCUGCUACCGUAUCUUGUGGCAGCUAAUCCCAUUAACUAUGGAAAACCCUGCAAAUUGAGUUGCGUUGAAGCAAUUGCAGCUACACUCUACAUUUGUGGCUACGUGGAGGAGGCGCAAUGGUAUAUGGGCAAAUUUUCAUGGGGUCAUUCUUUCAUUGAACUGAAUGAAACACUGUUAAAUAGUUAUGCUGAUUGUAAGUCCAGUGAAGAGAUAGUACGGGUGCAAAAUGAAUACCUAGAAAAGGAGCAAGCUGCACAUAAUAAACCAAAGGAUUUCAGUGAGUUCUACCCGACGAGCAGUAGCAGCAGCGAUGAAGAGGAUGACGAUAAAGAUAUAGAAAAAGUUUGCAAUCAAACUGAUGUUGCAAAAAACUGAUGUGUAUAUUUUCAGUUCUUUUGAAAAUAAAUAAUUUAUAAAAGUUCAAAAACAUAUUUUAAAUCGCACAAGAAUUGUACUAAAACAAGGCUUUUUAAGAUUUAGAAAAUAUUUAUUCUAAUUUAAGAACUCAUACAAAAGUAAUAUUCAGAUAUUAAUUGUAAUAUAAAUUCCAAUUUUAAAUACA